AUGACUUUUAUCAACGAUAAACUUCUUGCCGACUUGUAUUACCCAGAUUACUGGAACCGUAACCCAACCUCAUGGGGUAGUAUAAGUGACUGGGACAUGUAUUACAUCAAUCAAAUUCCCGGAUGCAGCAAAAGACAAGCGCACAGAACACUAGCUCUUGAACUAAAGGUCCUUCUUCAGCAUUUACAGGACACAAGCUGUGGAUAUUCUAAAGCGGCUGCCCUGAAAAGAGCAUUAUCCUGGGAAGUAUGUUAUGGUGGUGGAUCUCAUAGGUUCCAUCAUAGCAUGCGCUGUGGGAAGUGUGUUAUGGUGGUAGAUCUUAUAGGUUCCAUCAUAUCAUGCAAUUGCGAUAAAGAUCCCGCAAAUUUAAUAUUAUGGAACAAUCAUUGCUCAAACUUAGCAACUCUUGCGAUUGAGGAUCGAGUUAAUAAACGCGAGAUCCAGAUUUUUGCUGUAAAAAAAGAAAUCUUGCAAUACAAAUCUGAGCGGGUAUUAGUAGAUCAUAGUUCGGAAAUUGAGGAAAUUGUUACCUCAGCAACACCAGCUAUUAGAUUAUCAUCAGCCGACCUUCAACAAGAUUACAACGAAGAGGAGGAAAAGCCAAUCAAGGAGCUUCAGGAUAAGGAAGUCGAGGAAGUUGAAAAUGAAGAAGACGAAUUCACUUUUCAAGACAAAGAAUUAUUUACACAAAGGCAAUCCAUGAAGGAUGAUAAAAAAUGGAAGCUUAGCACAGGAACAUAUGUUGAAGAUGUCUUGUACAAUCUAGGGAUAAAAUGCAGAUAUUAUAAUCUUGUGCAUUCUUUCAUAAUCGAUUCCGAAGACAAGUUUGUGCAGUCAGGAUUCACUUCUGAUGAGUUAACAGAGAUUCGCGAAACAAAAUCCAUGUAUGAAUCACCACAGAUAGAUAAUGAAUUACUGGGAUACAUCGAUUCUUUUGCAAAGGACUCAACAAAAGACAUACGAAAAGCACUUUAUUCUUCAUACCCUCGACUUUGCGAAAAUUACAAUCCUUUAGUUGAUUUCCCAUACGAACACGUGAGAACCACAGUAUCUGAUUGGGUUCGUUUGUUAGAAAUGGAGCCAAAUCCGCUAACAAUUACACAGGAUUUACCGGAAAGUUGGUUCAGAAUAAAUGUUUGGAGGACAGUUGAUAUAGCCUUUUCGGACCUGCCCUUUGUGUUUUUCGUUGGAGGUGAAAAAGCUGGACUAGCGACCAAAGACAGGAAAAAUUGUGGCAGAACCCUUAGCAACAUAGGCCCAAUGCAACGGAAGGCUAUAGGAAAGAAAGGAGACGGUUACGUUCAGUCAUUUGGUUCGAGGUCAAUUGAUUGGGCAGCGUCCGAGGCUGGAUCGAAGUGGAAAGGAGAAAAAGGGACGAAGAUUAUAAAGGAAUGCAGUUUAGCUUUACCAAAGGUUUGUAUUGUAUUGAUACGUUUUUUGGAAUUGAACUUGAUUGAAUUACUAACACCCAGAAUUUACGUAGGAGCUAAUUUAAUUAAAACUAACCUUGAUUGUCUAAGGGGAUAUGUAUGCCGAUAUAUGAGGCAAGUACCACUUGAGAUUUAUGCCGAUGUCAAACAAUUUAAUAGAACAUUGGAUGCUCUUGUCUCCAUCAUUUACGCUAAGCUCGAAAUUUUGAAUACAAUGAAAAUAAUAAAUAAUACAACAAACUCAUCUGAUAAUCUGAAGAGAUGGAAAAAUCUACCGAAAAAAACUGAAGAAUUUGAUGUUCCUGAUUGUCAUCCCACGCCUAAAAAAAGAAGAGUUGCCAACUUGCAAUGA